AUGGCCUUACCCUUGAAAUCAAUGAACCAGAUGUAUGAGGCAGUUGUCGUUGGGGCUGGACCUGCUGGAAUCGCUGUUGUUGGAAAUUUUCUGGAGCAGAAGAAAUCACCUAUACUAUGGGUAGAUAAUGAAUUCAAAGCCGGACGUCUCAACAAGCAUUAUAGAGAAGUGCCUAGUAACACCAAAGUCAAGCUAUUCGUCGAGUUCGCCGAUGCACUUCUACCAUUUCGAGAGAUAGCAAGGGAUACGUCGAGCCCGAACGCAUAUACAAAACUGCGCAGUCUUCCGCAAACUAGUACCUGUCAGAUCGCUGAUGCAGCCGACCUAUGUCAAUUUCUCACCAAUGGCUUAGAAAACUUUAAUGGAAUCGAAAAGCUGCGAGGAAGCGUCACAUCUGCAUCGUGGUCAAGUUCUGAUAAAUGGAGCAUCAAGGUCGAUUCCCCAAGUUCUGGAAUAAGCGAGAUUUUAGGAAUAAGGGCGAAAAUCUUAGUCCUCUGCACCGGAUCCAAACCCAUUACUGAACCACUUCCCUUCUCAAACUUGCAGACUAUAAGUCUAGACACUGCACUCAAACCAUCGCUCUUACCCACUGUUUUCUCCAGCGACGAAAAGACAACGGUAGCAGUGAUUGGCGCUUCGCACAGCGCCAUCUUGGUUCUUCGGAACCUUUAUCAUCUUGCGCGCUCAACACACCCCCAUCUACGAAUCAAAUGGUUCACCCGGCAUCCACUUCGGUACGCCGAAGAGCGAGACGGCUGGAUUCUUAAUGAUAAUACCGGACUCAAGGGAGAAGUAGCUUCAUGGGCCAGGGAAAACUUAGAAGAGAGUCAAUUAGUUAAAUCAGAUGUCGGAAAGUAUUUGCAAAAAAUUGCGACAUCCAGAGCGAGCGAAAAAGAUGAUUAUCAUAAGCACCUUCCAUCAUGUACGCACACAGUACAGGCUAUUGGGUUUCAACGCAAUGAGGUUCCGACUCUUGAGAGAAAUGGAAGAAGGCUUGAUUUCACCUUCAACCAGAACACGCAAAUAUUCGAGGAUGAAGAUAGCCAGAAGAUUUCUGGUCUGUAUGGCGCAGGGAUUGCGUGGCCCGAGAGGGUAACAGAUCCAGAGGGUAAUGUGAGUUUCAAUGUCGGGAUGUGGAAGUUUAUGAAAUUUCUCAAGAAAGCCGUUCCAAAAUGGAGCGAAAACUAG